GAAAGAAAGGAGUUACACUUCAAGUACCUCCUCAGUAGCACGUCACAUAUUGGCGUGAGUUGUGUUUCGACGCGCAUAGAUCCUUCAACUUGUGUCGAAAAAUCACGAUCACUUGAUGAUAUGACUCCGAGUGACGACUACGCAUGACUUGAUGCUUUGUUUGGCGCGAAUAUCUAAUGUAUUCUGACUUUUUUUUUUUGUGCCCAGGAGCGUAUCAGUGAUUCAGUGACAUGGUCUAUUUAUACUUAAGAAAAGUGAACAGUUUUUAUUGGAUGUUUUGAUUUAUUUUUUGUGAUCGCAUAUCGACGCAGCAGGUCUAUGUAGUAUGGCGUUUAUAGCGAAUAGGCGAAUAGGCGAAGGUCCUCCAGCUGCAAGCAGGACGAAGCUGUUGGUCUACUUCUCCUGCGCCUUGCUGUGCUUGGUCGUCGCCAUCACCAUCAUGGUCAUUGACCCCGUCCAGAUCAUAGGAGAAUUUAACACAGUGAUAAAGAAGAACUCGCUGGUGUACAGCCUGCUGGACCAGGAUAUGGACGGCGUCCACGUCAGGGCAUUCCUCUUCAACGUCACAAAUGCUGAGAGAUUCUUGUCUGGAGAAGAUAAGAAUCUGAAGGUGGAAGAAGUCGGACCUUUUACAUACAAGGAGAUCCGAUCUCAGGAUGACCUGGUGCUGCGCGAGGCCGACCACACAAUGUCGUAUUCUCCGCACACGAAGACUGUGUUCAUCCCCGAGGAGUCUGUCAGCGAUCCUAACGAGACCACUGUUGUGAUGCCCAAUAUUGCUAUGCUGAGUAUGACGUCAAUGGUCAGCACGUUCCCCUACUUCACCCGAAUGGGGUACAACUUCCUGGUGAACCAGAUCAACUCCAGGCCGUUCCGGACGAUGACAGCAUACGAGUACCUCUGGGGGUACAAUGAGAAGCUGAUCACCCUUGGCAACAGGUUCCUGCCGGGCUGGAUCAGCUUCGGCAAGAUGGGGAUCAUGGACAGGAUGUACGACAACUCAGUCCACUACCGGAUCGACCUGGGAGCCGGCCACUACGACAAGUUUGAGAUAAAGGCGAUGAAUGGCUACGACAGACUGACUUUCUGGGACGAUCCAGAAAACAAUACGAAAUCUAAAUGCAACAGCUUCGAGAACGCAUACGAAGGCAUCAGCUAUCCCUCUCGGAUGACGCCGAAGCAUGAGGUCAGAAUCUACAGGAACGUUCUCUGCAGAUUCCUGGAGCUCGACUACGUGGAGUCCAGGACCAUGCAGGAGAACUCUGAGGGCUUGGUGUACAGGAUCAGCAAUAGGACCUUCACGCAUAACGAGGACACCAUGUGCCUCUGCAGAAAGGGCAUGUGUAUUGAAGGCAUGUCUGACUUGUCGCCGUGUUUUUACAGUCUACCGCUGACUUUAUCCGCUGCUCACUUCACUGGAGCUAAUCCCAAGAUAUACGACCGCGUUGAAGGAUUACAACCAGAUGAGAAAAGACAUGAGAGCUAUUUCAUAAUAGAACCGAAACUCGGCAUAGUGUUGAGCACGAAGUUCUCAGUCCAGGUGAACAUCGUGGUCAAGGACGUGUCGUUCAAUCCAGCUGCCAAAAGGUUCUCCAACAUGAAUGUACCGGUCGGGUAUUUCAACAUUGUACAACCCCCGAUCAGGGAGAUCGACCGUCACAACCUCUACAUGAUGUACACUCUAGGACCCUACACGUUCCUGGCCGUCGCGAUCGGCCUGUUCGUCAUCGCAGUCGCACUCCUGACCCACUGGAUCAGACUACUCUACUGGAACUGGGUCUGCAGCCAGGAUAAGGGCAUGGCUUUCACCUAUCCUGAAGACACGAAGCCUAAAACCAAAACCUACAUGAUGACCGAAAUGCCACUUAUAAGCAAAUGACAUUCGGAUAUUAGGUGAAUUAUCACGGAUGUUAGUAUCACCAGAUACAUACGUAUAAAAAUAUUUUGGCUGCUCCAUUAGAUGCCAAUGCUUGACCAAACUAUAGAGUUAAGUAUAGUAAUGGGGGUUAUUUAUGGUAUUCCCUUUUGCUAUAUACCAAGUUAAAUAUGAUAUAAUAUAUAUCACGCUCGAUAGAAAGAAAACAACAUUUUAAAAACUUAUCUAAUUCUAUCUUGUAAAAUUGACUGCUUGUGAACAAACCUUUAAAUAAAUAAAGAUGAAAGAUUCUAUGUCUCCGUUGAGGCUCAGACCUUGAAAUACGAUUUUUUAUGGCAAUGUGAUUAAUUUAAUAGUUCAAUUUUUGUGAAAGAAAGUUUCCAAAUUGAGUGAUAGAACUGUAUAAUGAUUAUAAACAUUUACUUAAUAGUUUAGUUAAUAUUUAUUUACAGUUUAUGAUGAAGUUACAAUUUUUUUUAUAUAUAUAUUUGUUGCAAUCGAUGAAUAUAUUCUAAUUUAUUUUUCGACAUACAUAUAACAAAUUAUGUAUUUACAUAAGUGUCGUAAGUGCAUUAAAUAAGUAAAUAAACCAAAUGGUACGUAUACAUGUGUGCGAUAAACUGAUGAGUUGAAAUUUAGCAUGUCCAUAAUGAGAUCGAAUCUAGUCGAUGCCACGAAAAACGAAUGAAGAUUAAAUCGCAAGGAUUAAACUAAAUCCGAAGCGAGUUUUAGAAUAAGACCUCUUAGUUCAGAGUCUAGAACAAUUCUUGGUUAUUGGAGGUCACAUAGGUAUAGUUAGUUAUUUCUGAGAGGAAAUAGAAUAUUUGCGAUUAGGUAUAAUCAGAAAUAAUGAAAAUAUACAUUCCACUUCAAUGCCAUUAGCUUUAGGAAUUAGGCUUGUGAUAGUUAUAAGAUUAAUUUAUUAAGGUGUGUGCAAAUUGCUAUUGCUGAGUUGCGGCGCACCGGUUGUACAUUACAUUGGGAUUUUUGUGAAUUUGUUAUUUUUGUAAUAAAUAUUGUGACAUA